UGGUAUGGUGGGGUAUGCAAAAUGGGUCAACUUUAAGCAUCUCUUCAGUGUUUUGGUAUUCAAUUCCAAAAAGUACAUUUUUACAAAGGGCAAAUAUGUACGGAAGGUAUUGUUCAAAUCAAAAUGGGUGCUGUCAAAAAGUGAUUGAAAUCAAAUGGAUUUCCCCUAUAUGUCACCUCUUGUUUACAGUUCUUCUCCAAGACGACAGAACGCUUUGUCCAUGGUGUCGACUCCUUCCUGGACACUAUUUGGAAGAUCUGGACAGAGCUGUUGGAUGUGAUGGGCAUUGAUGCCUCCAACCUGAGCCACUACUUCAGCCCAACGUCUUUGACAAACUCCCCGGCUCGUGCCCUGCUCCUAGUGGCUGCUGUGUUGGUGGCUUACUGGUUCCUCUCCCUGUUUCUGGGGGGAUUCUUCUACCUGCUGCACAUCGUAUUUGGCCGUUUCUUCUGGCUGGCCCGAGUUACACUCUUUGCCCUCUCUUGCCUGUAUAUCUUGCAGAAGUUUGAGGGGGACCCCGAGCGUGCUGUGCUCCCUCUCUGCUUCGUAAUGGCUGUGUACUUCAUGACGGGGCCUGUGGGGGCGUACUGGCGUAGAGGUGGGGGUACUGCCUCUCUGGAGGAGAAGAUCAAUCACCUGGACACCCAGAUCCGCUUGCUCAACAUCCGGCUGAGCAGGGUCAUCGACAGCCUGGAGCGCGCCGGGGAGAAGUAGAGCUGACCYCACACACCCACCGCUGACAACGGCUGUAUCCAUCCGGUGGCUGGGGUUUGGGUGUAUAAGGGCAGGAAAAUCUAAGCAGAUCGAGGCUUUCUGUUACGAGAAAGAGCUUGUUUUUUAAUUUUAUUUUUUAUCCUGUCUUGUUGAUAUUUUGUUAUAUUGUGUAACAUCUGCUGAUGGUUGCUCUUUUUGGAAAUUGUGUUCAAUGAAAAAAUGGGAUGGAUGUUUGUUUUGGGUAUGUGAUGGUGUCAUAGCGGGACCAGACACAACUGUAAGUAUUCCCAUCCCAGUUAGCUCAGUAGUUAGUAGACCAAUGGCAGAUUUAUUUAUUGCAUUUUCCGUCCUGACACUGAGAUGUAUAGUCAAAAAUAAUGUCACCAUUCCAUUGUAGCAGUAGGUCAUUCCUAGCGUAUUUCAGGACCUCUCUUUCUAUAUAAUGGACAUACUGUGUGCGUGUACACAGUAUGUUUUAUGCAUGUGAAUCAUUGGAAAAGCACUGGAGAAAAAAAAGUUAAGACUGGCGAAACAUGGGCAGGCACGAAAAUCUCAGGGAGAAAUUUUUAAAAAAGAAUAUCAAGAACAAUUAUGUAAAUAUACCCCACAUCAAUAUCAACUUAACCCUUUACACUCGUGGGAAUUGGCCUAUAUGAAUAGGGCUAAAUUGGUAGCAAUUGAAAGGGAACAGUUUGAAGAUUAGGGGGAAAUUAUUUGACAAGUUGAGGACACAAUAGUUCACAAGACUGAAUCCAAACAUUAGACUGUUGAUUUUAUGUGCAUUUUACAUUUACUGUACUUUUCACCGCAUU